GGUAGUAAAUUUGUUUCAAGACACAGUAGAAGGGUACAAAAGAAUUAUAAACCUUGGAGCUCGACUGAAUGUCACAAAAGAGCAGCUGCGUGUGAAGUCGAUAGCGCAGACUGCAGAAGCUUUUGAAGACUUUGUUCUCGAUUAUGCGCAACAUCAUCUCAGUGACUCGAUGCCUGAAAUCCACAGGGUUUACAAAAAACUAGGGUUACUUCUCCGGAGAGCUUCAAGCGGGAAUAAACAAGACUUCUAUUUCACGGGACAAGAAAAAGGGGAAUACAUAAGAAUACCUUCAAGAAAUUUUGGAAGCAAUGGUUCAAUGCUAGUUAGUAUUAUAUACACAGAUCUACAUGAGCUCUUUAAAGUGACUCGAAUCGACAGAAAUACAAGGAGUCUGAAUACCAAAAUAAUAGCAGCAAUGAUGGAUCCGAAGCAAAAACAGUUGGAAGAGAAUGUCACCUUAACAUUUAGGAAUAUGGAGACUACUGAUGAUGAAAGGCAGUGUGUAUUUUGGAAAGGCUUUAAUGAGGAGAGUCUGGACGGCUGGUCUGGGGAAGGCUGCCAUGUGGUGACGUCAGAGAGCAAUUCAAAAGAAACAGAGUGCAGUUGUAAUCAUUUGACUCAUUUCGCGGUUUUAUUUGACUACGACGAUGCUCAAACGAUUACAGCAACAGAUCAAAAGGCAUUAGAAAUUCUUACGUACGUGGGCUUAACACUCUCCCUCAUUGGAAUAACAGUUACAAUGUUCUCUCACAUUUUCCUCUGCGAUAUGCAUCAGCCUCUCUCUCAAAUAAGAGUAAGUCUGAUUGGAUCUCUUGGAGCUGGGCAAGUCAUUUUUCUUGCAGGCUUUACCGAAACAAGAAUCACGGCUACCUGCGUUGCUGUAGCAGCUCUAAUGCAAUACUUCCUUAUGGCCGCGUUUUGUUGGAUGAUGGUGGAGGGAAUUUACCUUUAUUUUUUUGUCGUGAAAGUCUACAACAUCAACAGAAAGAUGGCUAUCUAUCAUGCUAUGUCAUGGGGUUUUCCUGCAGUCAUGGUUAUGAUAUCUUUGAGUAUCGCUGCAGGAGAAGAUGGAGUCCAGAGCUUUGUCAACGAUGAAUAUUGCUGGAUGUCUUCCGCUAACAAACUUAUUUGGAUUUUUAUUGCCUUUGUAGUAAUAGUUGAAGUGGUAAGUGCAAUAAAAUAUAUUGGGAACUUUUCACUACUUAAAUUAAAAUAUGGUAUUUAACCAUCGUCAUUGUUUUUCUUUUCCACUGAGAACUUCGUUCUGCCUCUCUGUGUCUCCUGUUGCUCAUUGUGUCUCUCUUUCUCCCUAUCUAAUGUCCACUUAAUCGCUUGACGUCAGAAUUA